CAAAAAUCCCUCCUCUUCAAUUGAUCAAUUAAUCCUCUUAAUUGAUUGAUUUCUCUCUCUCUCUCUCGAGUCUUAAGAGCUUAAACUAUGUCCGGCGUUUGGGUGUUCAAAAACGGCGUCGUUCGGCUGGUGGAUAAAAACGAGGCGGCGGACGGCGGCCAGCGGGCGGCACAACUUCGCCGGAAAGUUCUGGUGUACAUUCCGACGGCGGAGGUGAUGACGUCAUACGCCGGGCUGGAACAGAAGCUGAUGACGUUGGGUUGGGAGCGUUAUUACGAUGAUCCGAAUAUGCUGCAAUUCCACAAGAGAUCAACGGUCCAUCUCAUCUCUCUCCCAAAAGACUUCGCCAAAUUCAAAUCCAUGCACAUGUACGACAUCGUCGUCAAAAAUCGAUCCCACUUCGAAGUUAAAGAUGCCUAAAUUAAUUAACCAUAAAAAAAAAACAAAAACAAAAACAAAAUUCUCUCCCAUCUUUUAUUUUAAGGUUUUUUUGUUUUGUUUUGUGUGAUCUCGCCUUCUCAUUUUCGACUACAAAAAUUAUUCAACCAGACUGUCACAACAGCGUGACGGUAUAUUCCCAGAUGCAUAUUCUCGAAUAUGUCUGUUGUCAGGUGUGUGUUGUUCCAGUCACUCAGGUUGAUUUAUAUUCUCUUUCACUUUUAUUGGGGUUUAGUUGGGUACUAUGGUUGUGAGAAUAAACAAUAAGGUUGGUUUGAUUUUAUUUUGUUUGAGAGAUGUUGUGCCUAUGAUGUCAAGACUGAUUGUGUAUUGAAGACUUGAAAUUUAACUUUAUUUGAAUAAGAUUUUAUCAUUUUGUCUGAA